AUGGCAUGUGUGCAUGUCCUGGUGGGGCAGUGUGGCAACCAACUUGGCGCACACUUUUUGACCGCACUAACAGAUGAGGCACGCCGCUGCAGUGAUGAAGAUUAUGCAUCCCAAAUUUCGGCUGAUCAUUUCCGUCCGGCACCAACACAAAAGGGAAUCAGACGAGGAGGCGUAAGUAACGGCAACUCCGGUCAUCAUGACGAACCACCACUACCGCGCUCCGUCAUGAUUGAUAUGGAACCAAAAGUGGUCGAAUCCGUCGUGACAGGCGUUAACGACGGAGGCGCAUUCCAGGUACGAGCGGAGCAGUGCGUCACCCGGGACGAGGGAAGCGGGAACAACUGGGCGUUUGGAUACUAUGAGCAAGGAAGAAGUAGAUGCGAUGAGAUCGUGGAAUCCUUACGCCGGCAGAGUGAGGCGCGUGGGGCAGCUCAUUCCUUUCAUAUCGUGCACAGUGUUGCAGGUGGAACCGGCUCGGGGGUGGGAUGUUUGGUGUCCGACGCCAUCCGGGUGGAGUUCCCACGAGCGCUUCUCCUCCACACGGCGGUGUGGCCGUUUGCCACCGGUGAGGUCGUAACGCAAUGGUACAACUGCGUGUUGGCUAUGAGUGCCCUACGCGAGAGUGCGGAUGCUGUUUUCGUGGCGCAUAAUGAUGACUUUGACGUCAGCGCGAGACCUUUGCAGAAGGCUGUCAACGGCCGAACAAGCGAAGUGAGCUUCGAUACUAUAAAUCACGAAAUUGGCCGCCUCCUCCUCGACCUCCAUCUUCCGAAGAAAUUGUACCCGGUUCCCUCAACUGCACCCGAGAAAAAACCUCACCCACAGUCAACGUUUCCGGCUUCUAGAACAACUUCCAGUACGGGUGCUAUGGCGUCGCUUAGAUGCGGAGGCCUCACAGACGUCGUGGAAGCGGUUGCACUAGACCCAGCACUGAAGUUCUUCUCUGGUUUAGCCCUUCCCGUGACUCCACCUGACAACCGUGUCGUUGCGCCAGAGGCAACGUCGUGGUACCCGCUGUUGUGUGAAGCAUCUCGUCGAACCAGUGAGUUAUUCGUACCGGCACCGUCUGGUGACAAUAACACUAGCAACAACCUUUCUACCGCAUUCAUCGAGCAGCGGCCCCUCCUAUGGAGUUUGCGUGGGCCAGCUGCAUGCAGUGAAGGUCUCGCGCAUCUGCGGGAAGUGCUCUCGAGAAGUACGCCGACCCCUGACGGACGGGAGUUGUAUGUACCGCCCUCUGCACUCCUUCUGCAUGAGGAGCGGCUUCUCGGACGGAGAGCCCAUGUUUCAGUUUUUGGUCCUACACAUAACAUCGGACUUCGACUAGCUUCCGCACUCGAGAGGGCUGAAGAUUUACUUCGCGUCAGUGCGUACGUUCACCAUUUUAGUCGAUACGGAGUAGGUGAAGAGGAGCUGCGGGACGCCGUUGUGCGUAUGUGGGACACUGCUGCCGCAUACGGGGCGGCUUGA